AUGGAGAUCUCGCCGACAUCGAAGAACCAAGGAGCUUUGCUCAUGUACGCCAUGACCCAACCAGCACAUCUCACCAACUUUGCGACCGGAUCCGACUCGGACAUCGGUGGACUGUCUCAGUGCAGGCUCGGUCUCGACGAGUCGUCUCGCGGACGCUUCUACGGCACGCUCUCCUCACAGGUGCCGAGAGGAGGCAAGAUCGAAAAGAGCGGCUACGCUGGAUUCCGCAAUCGCAAUCGACCGACGCUGUUCGGCAACCAGUGCUGGGACACGACUGUGCACCCCUUCCUCGCUCUUCGAGUGAGAAACAGGCUAGCCAAGAAGCCAGUCGCCGCAGCGGAGAAGACGGACAAGGCGGAGACAGGUGGCGGACUCCGUGCAGCUCUGCACGCGAACGACCCUUCCGGUCCAGCUGCAAGUCGUGCGAUCCACGCGCUAGGACUGGGAAGGAAGGAGCUUCCAGGACCCAAGUUCUUCGUCAAUGUCCAAACCGACGGGCCUGUUACAAGUGACUUGUUCCAGCACCGACUCUACCUCGACGAAAGCAAAGGAUCUGACUGGCAGACGGUGGUGAUCCCGUUCGACGACUUUGUGCUCACCAACACGGGUCAGGUGUCCAACUCGCAAGUCUCGAUGAUGCGCGAAAAGAUCCGCACCGUCGGUAUUUCAGCCGUGCUCGAUGUGCCAGUGCCUCCUUCGGCGUCCAAGCCACCCAGUCAGGAUGCACCGCCGUCGGCGCUUUCGCGCAAGUCCGAUGGGGAGCAGCAGCAGCAAGAAGAUGACUGGGCGGUGGAUGGUGACCUGCGCGGCGAGGGUGGUGAGGACGCACCUGUCAGAGGAAGCAAACGCGGUGCUACGUACAACUUUGAUCUUGGGCUGGAAAGUGUCUAUGCGGUCGGCGAGCUGGACGAGUUGGAUGGGUUGUUCCAGCAGUAG